GAUGAUUGGAUACAUUACAAGCAUCUAGACCGGGUAUACAAACUUAUGACUCUUUCUGCUACCAUUUUCUAAUCUCAAGGGACGAUGUUGUUCCUUUUCCCCCAUUCUUUGUGUGUUGUUGUGUAAAGAUGUUUACAGGCUGUGGUACCACAGGGAAUGGAAAUUGGAUUGCUCUCUCUAUUUAUCUAUUUCUUUGGUAUUGCUGACAAAAAGGGUAAAUUAGCAGUAGCCUCUCAUCUUUAUCACAAUCCAAGUUUUUGCUAUUUUGCAUGAGAGAUUAGAUAAGAAAAUAGAUGAUUUUUAAAAAUGGGGUUUUAUAAGAGGGGAAGAGUUUAUUGUUUGCAUAUUUUGUUGGUCUGUCUGGUAUCUUGGGCUGUUGGGAGGAGGAAGAAGAAAGAAAUCUGUUUCUUCUGAAGAAGGUGGAGGUGCCAAAACUCUUCAGGCUCCUCUUCUCCUUCUUCAUCCUCCUUAUUGGUUUGUUUAUGUUUUUAGAACAAUUAAUAAUAAAUUAUAGGUUUUCUUUAAAAAAAUUUGUUUAUGAUUUUGGGUUCAUUGAAUCUUUUGCUUUUGGUGUUCAGAUCCGAUUCUCUCUCUCUUCUACCACUGCCCUUGGAAAUCCCAAUGACACCAAGUAGACCUUUUUCUUUAAAAAAUAUUUUAUAAAUUAAUAAAUAACACCCUUCGGCGUAAUUGGCACAUUCUUUACGCAUUAUCUCGGUUUUGUCUGCAAAAGUUUGGAUUUUUGUAAAGCCUUUUCUUUCCUGUCAUCUGGGUUUUUGUGGGGUCCAAACCUCUCAUCAGCUUCAAGUUCCCAAAAAAAAGAAAAUUGUUUAUUAUUUUUCAUAAGUUGGUUAGGUAAUCUCUCAAUUCCUAUUGGUCAUCUACCUAUCCCCUCCUUCCAUUUAUACUCUCACAAACAGCCACAACAGAUCAAAAAGACAAAACACACCAAAAUAAUGCUUCUCUACUUUCUCAUCUCUUGUCUUUCUUUCUUUUUCUUGUCCAAAUCUUUCUCCCUCCCUCCAUGGGCAUCUGAGACCAAAACCUUGCUCUCUUUCCACCUCUCCAAGAACCUCCUCUUCACCAACACUCUCCAUCCAACCACCAAACCUGAUCCACCCUCUCCCGCGCUAGACCAGAUGACAAUCCUCGACCUCCCUGACCUGGCUCUCGACCGCAUUCUCGACCUCCUUCCACCCUCUGGACUCUCUAGUAUGGCUAUGGUUUGCAGCUCCUUUAGGGAGAGGUGCGUGAAUGAUCAUCUGUGGGAGAAACACUUGGUGAACAAAUGGGGCAAGGUCCUUGGCCCUGCUGCUCAUAGAGAGUGGAAACGCUAUCUCUCUUCUUCCUCGAGUCACCUUGAUUCUUCUCCUCGUCACCAAACUAGUCAUCAUCCUCUUGGGUUUGACACAAUCAUCUCUUGUCUUCGAUCUAUUUCCUCUGUUUUGAGAGAUGGUGAUAGACAGAGGAAGGCUCUGCCAGUUGAUUCCACUAUGAGCUUCUAUAUCUCCCUUGAGACUGGUCGGUUUUGGUUCCCAGCUCAAGUUUAUAACCGUGAGAAUGGGCAUGUUGGAUUCAUGUUGUCAUGCUAUGAUGCGGAGCUCAGCUAUGACACUAUCACUGAUACUUUUCAAGCCAGGUAUCCACCACAUGGCAGAAGAGCAGUUGGGGUUGAAAAGGGAGUGACAUGGGAGAGGCUAAGAGCAGCUCCCCUUGAGGCGUCUCCUCAUCAUCUUCAUGUGUCAGAGUCUCUAAACCAGUUGAAACCUGGAGAUCACAUCGAGAUUCAGUGGAGAAGGAACAAAGAGUUCCCUUAUGGAUGGUGGUAUGGUAUCGUUGGCCAUUUGGAAUCUUGUGAUGGGGAUCUCAACCAUUGUCAUUGCCAUCUUAGUGAGACGGUGGUGUUGGAAUUCAACCAGUACACAGUGGGAUCAAGGUGGAGAAGAACGAUGAUCAACAAGAGUGAUCAUAGAGAGGAAGGUAACGAGGAAGACGGUUUCUACGGAGGAAUCCGAAAGCUAAGUUGUAAAGAAGAGAUUGCAAUGUGGACACGCCUCUGGCCAUCCUCCAACUUGGAGUAGCAUGAAGAAGAAGAACAACAUCAUUGCGACACAACCAUUGCACGGAGUAGUAGGAUGUCAAUUUUAGAUGUGCAUACUAUUGUAUCCAAUGUAUGAUUGACAGUUGAUUAUAUUUAUUCGAAAAUAGUCGAUUUUUCU